CAUUCUACUCGGUAUCACUGUUGUCUGUCCUUGAUACAGCUGUCAUCCGAUAUACCACAGAGACACAUGAUUCUAGUAUGGUAGACUUGGGUGAUACUCACGAGGGUGAAACCCCCCUCUUCUCGGAACGUCGUCGCUACAAGUCGACCAGGACCUUGUCAUCUCUUCCUCCGACCGUUGCUCUCUCACAGCGCUGGAGAAGAGAACUACUUUCCAGCACUUAUGAAUCUCCGCUUGAUAGGGUGAAUGUACUCAAGGGUCAUACAGGAUGUGUUAACGCGCUCUCUUGGGCUGAAGAUGGAAAGUUACUCCUUUCAGGAGGCGACGAUACCACUGUUCGUUUAUGGAGGCUGGACGAGAGUAAUACUACCACUGCAUACCCAUAUGUCUGUCAAAGCGUGAUCAACACUGGACAUACAGCUAACAUCUUCAACGCCCAAAUGCUGCCUGGAUCUACUCGAAUUGUAACCGUAGCAGGAGAUCGCCAAGUGCGGGUCUUCGACACAGCGGGCGCUGUUAGCCAAGCAGAUCCCAUGGGCAGUUCAGAGACACAUUAUCACGACUGUUGCCUUCGCGUCUUUCGAUGUCACAAAGGCCGGACGAAACGCGUAGUGACAGAAGAAAGUUCUGAUCUGUUCAUGACAGUCGGCGAGGACGGUACCGUUCGACAACACGACUUGCGUGUCCCUCAUCGAUGUUCUUCUGGAUGCCCUCCGCCCCUCGUGAAAUUACAUCGAGAGAUGUCCACUCUUGCUCUAUCUCCGUUGCGACCAUACCAGAUCGUUGUGGCCGGAGAAUCGCCAUAUGGGUAUUUAUUCGACAGGCGACAUUCUGGACGGUUUCUUAGAGAGGAGUGGGGCAUACCCCCCAACAAGGAGGAUGUCACGACUUGCGUGCGGAGAUUUGGGCGUCGCUCGAGAGGUAGCGGAGAGCAGAAAGGCCGCGAGCACAUCACUGGCGCUCGCAUGACAUCUACCAAUAGCCAUGAGGUCCUUCUUUCGUAUAACUCCGAUGCGGUCUAUCUAUAUUCCACGCAAGACGAUGCCGAAGAAGAACCCCGGGAAUCAGCCGUCCAUUCACCUAAUGGUAGUAUCGUCCCUCCGAACGCGAAACGACGAAAGGUAGAGCUACUCGCAGAACUUGCUGAUCUGGAUGCGGACGGGGAUCUUCUCGAAGACACCGAUAUGCAUGACGUCGAUCAGGAAGAGGACGACGAUGCAUCGUUUGUUGACGAUGCUGCCGAGGAUUCCGACGAGUCUGGAGAUCAUUCAGACGACGAUGAGUUCACUGAGGAGGUAGAAGAUAUGGAGAAAUGGGGUCUCUUGAGGGGUAUGGGAGCUGGGUAUGACAACGUUCCUAUCAUCUACCCUCGCCGCCGAUUCGCCGGAGCAUGCAACGAGGAAACCGUCAAGGAUGUGAACUUCCUUGGUCCCGAUGACUCUUACGUCGUCUCUGGGUCGGACGACGGAAACUUCUUCGUGUGGCGGAAGGCGACUGGAGCUCUUCAUGGGAUAUACGAAGGAGAUCAGCAUGUUGUGAACGUCAUCGAAGGCCACCCUCAUCUGCCGGUAGUGGCUGUGAGUGGGAUAGAUACGACUGUGAAGUUGUUCUCUCCUGUUCAAAGGAAUAGUGUAUUCUCCAGGACGAAAGAUGCGGAGGCUAUCUUGAAGCGGAAUCAAGAAUCAUCAUCAAGAUCAAUGGACCUGGGAAGUCUGUUUCUUCACUACAGUUUGGCUUUGAGAGACACGACAAGGGAUUCAGAAGAUGAGGAUGAGGAAGGUUGUCGCUACCAAUAAUCAGUUUCUCGUCAUUGUUAUAAUUGCAUUUCUUGUACUUCUCUGGCCUGUAUUUUGUAGCGAUGUGUACGAUAGGAAUUGCC